AGGACUUCCGGGAGUUCCAGCCGGACCGUGGGACAGCUGUGAGCGGUUUGCACGUGGAUCGUUCGGGGUGGGCUAGAUGGAGACAGCCCCCAACCCGGGCAAGGGUGACCCGCCCAAGAAGAACAAACUUAAGACAAAGAAGAAACCCCGGCGAUACUGGGAAGAAGAGAGCACUCCAGCCGCUGCAGAAACCUCUUCAGGGCCUCCUCGUAAGAAGAAGAAGAAAAAUCGAGAGCUUUGUCCCCAAAAGCCAAAGAACUCUCACGUCCUUAAGAAGUCUCGGAUUGCCAAGAAGCCACAGGUGCCAAAGAAACACCGACAACGAGGGAAGCCAGAGCCUCAGCGAACUUUGUCUGGGGCCCAGGACCCAUUUCCAGGUCCCGCCCCUGUCCCUGUGGAGGCGGCCCAGAAGUUCUGUCGCAUUGAUAAAUCCAAAAAGUUACCACAUUCUAAGCCUAAAACUCGAAGCAGAAUUGAGGUGGCUGAAGCUGAAGAAGAGGAAGUAAGUGCCAAAGCUGCUCGAGCUGAACUGCUGCUUGCUGAGGAACCCGGGUUUCUCGAAGGAGACGAUGGGGAGGACACAGCAAAGAUUCGGCAGGCUGACAUCGUGGAGGCCGUGGACAUUGCAAGCGCAGCCAAACACUUUGACUUGAACUUGAGGCAGUUUGGACCCUACCGCCUGAAUUACUCUAGAACUGGGAGACACCUGGCUCUUGGAGGGCGCCGAGGUCAUGUGGCUGCCUUUGACUGGGUGACAAAGAGGCUUACCUGCGAGAUCAAUGUCAUGGAGGCAGUACGGGACAUCCGGUUUCUGCAUUCAGAGGCAUUGCUCGCAGUGGCUCAGAACCGCUGGCUCCACAUCUACGACAACCAGGGCAUCGAGCUCCACUGCAUACGCCGCUGUGACCGUAUCACCCGACUUGAGUUCCUGCCCUUCCACUUCCUCCUGGCCACGGCGUCAGAGACAGGGUUUCUGACCUACCUGGAUGUGUCAGUGGGGAAGAUUGUGGCAGCGCUGAAUGCGAAGGCUGGACGGCUCGACGUCAUGGCUCAGAACCCUUACAACGCCGUCAUCCAUCUCGGACACAGCAACGGUACUGUAUCCUUAUGGAGUCCAGCUAUGAAGGAGCCACUGGCGAAGAUUCUUUGUCACCGUGGUGGGGUUCGGGCAGUGGCAGUAGAUUCUACAGGCACGUACAUGGCCACUUCUGGCCUGGACCACCAGCUGAAGAUCUUUGACUUGCGAGGGACAUUCCAGCCCCUGACUGCUCGGACCCUGCCUCAGGGCGCAGGGCAUCUGGCCAUCUCCCAGCGGGGACUGCUGGCGGCAGGAAUGGGUGACGUGGUCAACAUAUGGGCAGGGCAGGGCAAGGCCAGCCCACCCUCCCUGGAGAAGCCCUACCUCACCCACCACCUCUCAGGCCAUGUGCAUGGCCUUCAGUUCUGCCCCUUUGAAGAUGUGCUAGGGGUCGGGCACAGUGGGGGCAUCACCAGCAUGCUGGUCCCUGGGGCUGCUGAGCCCAACUUUGACGGUCUGGAGAGUAACCCAUACAGGAGCAGGAAGCAGCGCCAGGAGUGGGAGGUGAAGGCCCUGUUGGAGAAGGUACCUGCAGAGCUCAUUUGUCUGGACCCACGACUCCUGGCAGAGGUUGAUGUCAUCUCUUUGGAGCAGGGAAAGAAGGAGCGGAUAGAGAGGCUGGGCUAUGACCCAGAGGCCAAGGCCCCCUUCCAGCCAAGGCCAAAGCAAAAGGGGCGCAGCUCAACUGCAAGCCUGGUGAAGAGGAAGAGGAAAGUCAUGGAUGAGGAACACCGGGUCAAAGUACGUCAGAGCCUUGAAGAGCAGCCACGGAAGCAAGAGAAGGCAAAGCCUGCUGGACAUCGGCCGUCUGUCCUGGAUAGAUUUGUACAAUGAGCCAGGCUCCUGGGUGGCAUGAAAGUAAACUUGCCCCAGGAUUGGCUUGUGGAAAAUGAGCCUUUUUGUGGAAUAGAAAGGGGAGCAGUGUGCCCAGUCCCUGACUGGGGUGCACAUCUGGUUCCAGGGGUGGGUUGCCAUUAAAGAGGAA